AUGAGUUGUCCGAAUACUGCCGAACACGAAAUAAUAUUAAGCGAUGAUGAGGAUGGAGAAGAAAAUUUCUAUUAUGAAGAAGCGAUCGACGAUCAAAUAGAAAUUCACUUGCCCGUUGUAACGGUGCCAAUAAAUGUAAAAGUAUCCAAUAGCGACGAUGAGUAUGAACCUGACGAGAAAAAAAUCAAAACGAUGGAAUUAUCAAAUUUGUUAACUAAGUCGCUCGAGCAAGGCUGCGGAGCGCGAGGGGGUACCCCCACUGCCGCGCCCGGGCGAGCGGCCGUCACAGCGCUCUCGGCCGCGCGCCGUCGAGUAGAUUACACGGAUAACCGUGAUGACAAAAUCCCUGUUGGAGAAUUAUGGUGCCAGCAAUGUGACAUCCCCCUGUCGCUGCGAAACAUUGUGAAAAAAUACACCAUCGGUCUUGCAAAUGAACUGUACAUCAGAUGUACAGUCUGCAAUACUGUCAAGAUAGCUUGCACCGGAAAAAGUAAAAACCACAUCAACAGGAGAGAAUAUGAUGUGAAUCUGAAAUUAGCCGUUGCGAUACUCGAUGCUGGUAUCGGAGAAGCUCAGAUGAAUACAAUAUUGUCUGCGCUUGAUAUUCCGGCAGUGACCAAAUCCCUUCUGAAGCGUCAUGAAAGGAUUGUUGGUGUGGCGAUCGAAGAAUUAGCGAAUGAAAGUUGCCGAACGAGUAUUCGCAUCGAAAAAGAUUUGACGGUAGCAGCUGACGUGGAUCCUUCAUCACGUAUCAGUUCAUCAAUUCCACAGAAAGUAGUUUCUCUCAAAGCCAGUUACGAUGCAGAGUGGCAAAAACGUGGUACAGGGCAUGCAUAUAAUAGUCUGACUGGUCAUGCAUCAUUAAUCGGUUACCACAGUGGUAAGGUGUUAUCGUACGCGACGCGUACUAAAAGAUGCGCAAAAUGUGAUCGAAACCACCCGAAGGAUGAUCACGACUGCCGGUUGAAUUUCGAUCGUAGCGCAAAAGCUAUGGAGCCAGACAUGGCGAUCGAACUUAUAACCAAAAAUCGUCUUUUACUAGAAGAAAAUGUAUCGAUCGCAGUUAUGAUUGGAGAUGACGACGCCUCAUCGAUCGCCGCCGUACGUCGUGAAUCGGUACAUAAGAUUGAGAAAUGGUCUGACAUUAAUCAUGCCAAAAAGGGCCUGACCAGUGCCCUUUACGCCUUAAAAGUACCGAAAGAAGUAAUAAAUUAUUUCGCACGAGCAUUUUCUUAUGCUGUGUAUCAAAACAAAGGAGAAGCGGCAGCGGUUAGAGCAGCAUUGUUCAAUAUUAUUGAUCAUGCUUACGGAAACCACGACAAAUGCGGAGAUUGGUGCCACUCUCACGCCAAGGAAAACUGUGGUGAUGAUCGUUUGAAAGGCAGCAAGGCAUUGACGGAUCCGGAGCUGCGUUCGAAACUAACUACCGUAAUUGCAAAGUAUGCGAACAACGCCGAAAAACUCGCACCGUGCGGUUCUUCACAAGCAAACGAAAGCUUCAACCGAAUAGUGAGCAGCAAACAUCCAAAGGCACAAUUUUACGGUGCUUCAGAGUCGAUGGCCUACAGAGUGGCAGCCGCCGUAUGCCAAAAAAAUCUCGGAACAAUGUACGUACCUGAGGUAUUUAAAAAACUCGAUCUUGCUCCGGGAAAAAAUACGACAACGUACCGACGACACAAAGAUGCUGCGAGAUUGAAAAAAUCUGAUCUAUCGAAAACCGUUCAAAUGAAAAAAAAAGAUUGUUCGCCACCAGUACUAGAAAUAAUAAGAAUGCUGUCUCACAACAACGAGAAGGAAUAACCUACGAAACGGGGUGUGCACUCGAUGGCGUAUCAGAGCUUCUGUGCAAUCAACUAAAUAAUAAUAAUAAUCUAUCCACGUGUGAUGUAGCUGAUUUAUCAAAGAGCACAAUCGUGCUAUUCGAUUUGGAAACGAGUGGUUUGUCAAGCAGUGCUGAAAUAUGCCAAAUCGCUGCAGCCUCUGAGACACAGACGUUCAACGUGUAUAUGACACCGAAAAGCAUAUCUCCUGCAGCAGCUGCAAUAACUGGAUUGCAUGUCGAAAUGGGCGAGUUAUAUCUCAACGACCAACGGUUGGACACUGUACCAACGCGAACAGGCUUGAUGAGCUUUAUAGCUUUUUUGCGUACAAUUGGAGACAGCGUAACACUAGUGGCUCAUAAUGGGUCUAGGUUCGAUGCACCAAUAAUUUUACGUCACCUCCGAAACUGUGAGCUACUCGAAGAAUUCAUGGCUGUCGUCGAAGGGUUUGCCGAUACUCUCACCAUAUUCCGCGAACGUUUGGAAGAUCGCAAGAGGGAGAAAAAAAAAUUCAACCUGACAGCUUUAGCGUGCGACUUUCUCGGUAGCGCCUCAAUAAAAGGAGCUCAUGAUGCGCAAAUUGAUGUGCAGAUCCUAAGGCAGCUCAUAACUGUCAUAGGACUCAGCAAUGACACCAUUCGGAGUAAUGCACAGACGACUGUAAACAUUUUAAGAAAUCAAGAAAGAUUGGCACUUGAAAAUCGAUACAAAGCGUCGAUGCUGAAUUUGAAGCCGGGUGUAUCUGCAGGAAUGAUUACCAAGAUGGCGAAAGCUGGAAUUUCGUGAGAAAUUUUGCAAAAUGCAUAUACAAGUGGAGGCGAGCAUGCGGUAAAAAUGUUGCUUGGCGAGGACGUCAAUGGACGGCCGCGAGUUACAAAAAACAUAAAAGUU